AUGGCAUCCACCAACUCGACGUCCUCCUUCACGGCGGUGAACGAGGGCGAAUUCGCCAACUUUGCCGAUCUGACCGGCAAGAUUAUCAUCAAGGCGGAGUACGGCGACGUCAUUCGCAAGGUGCCAAUCCACAAUGAGGAGAUCACCUACGAUGAGCUGCUGAUCAUGAUGGUGCGCCUCUUCAAGCUCUCGCCGACGGAUGAGAUUGAGCUGAAGUACCGCGACGAGGACGGCGACCUGGUGUCCAUCGUCGACGGCAAUGACAUCGCCUUCGCCAUCCAGUGCAGCCGCCUGCUGAAGCUGAAGGUGCUCGUCAAUGCGAAGACGCCCUCGGUGAGCGUCACCGAGCGGAAGGUGAUUCGCGAUGAGCUGAUAGGCAUUCGCAAUCGGUGCAUUGAGCUGCUCGACAAGCUCGACCAUUCCCUGCCAAUGGUGGCCACCGCUACUGACGAUGCUGGAACUGUCGUCGAUCAGCAGCAGCAGCAGAAGUUGACCGAGUCAACGCAGGCGAUGAAGAUCUCCGCCGACGAGGCAAAGAAGCAAUAUCAAGGGCCGCCACCGAAGGAGUUUGAUCCGCUGAGCAGCAGCAGCAGCAACAAUAGCAAGCCGCCACGCACUGGCUCGCCUGCAGUGGCCACUCUUCAGGCGCAGCCGAUUGGAAAGUCUGAAUCGACUGGAUUGGACAGCGCCGAACCGAAGCCUCUGUCCUCUGAUGGGCGCUCGUCGGCGGCCUCCUCGGUGGUGACCUCGCCACUCGCUGCCGCCAUUAGUCCUGUGUCGAGUGAACAUUCAGGUAAGGCGUUUAGUUGA